UGCAAAAUCAAAUUAGACGAAGACAGUGAUAGGGAAGUUUUAAAAUUUAAAACACCUCUGCUUGAUUUCUUGCAGGUGAAGCAAUAUGAAAAAUAACUCUUUAAGUGAUCAGUGAUAAGAAAUGGAUAUGCUUGCAAGUUUUAUUGGUUAGGGGUUUAGGGGGCAUCAUUCCUGGAGUCUUACUGUGUAUUCUUCAGAGUGUAUCAUGUCAAGUUUUUUUAAAAGUUUUUUUUACACCCUGAAUUUUGGAUAUGAACUUAAAUCGAUUUUCUUCUGCCUGCAGGUUAAAGGAGUCCAUUUUUGACGGCAUCAACUGGGAACUGCUUCACUGUUCAUUUUUCUGUUGCCUUAUCUUUUCUGUUCAAACAUAGAUGUCCAUUCCCCUUUCCUCUUCCAUUACACAGUAUUUAUCAAUUGCAACAUGGACGCAAGCAAGAAAACAGAUCCCCCUGUGUCAGUGGAAACAGUACAACAAAAGGCAAAUCCUGAUCGCAGUCCUGUACCAUCUAUUUAUAUACCGGAACAAGGGGGAUACAAAGAAAAAUUUGUAAAUGCAGUGGAGGACAAAUACAAAUGUGAAAAGUGUCAUCUUAUACUGUGCAAUCCAAGACAGACAGAAUGUGGGCACCGGUAUUGUGAAACCUGCAUGAGUGGUUUGCUAAGUGCCACAACUCCAAAAUGUACAGCAUGUCAAGAAACAAUAGUGAAAGAGAAGAUAUUCAAGGAUAAUUGCUGUCGGAGGGAGCUUCUUGCCCUUCAGAUAUUCUGCAGAAAUGAAAACAAAGGCUGCAGAGAACAAUUAACCUUGGGACAGUUGCUUACACAUCUGAAAAAUGACUGUCUGUUUGAAGAACUUCCAUGCCCUCGUGCUGAUUGUAAAGAGAAAAUACUGAGAAAAGAUUUGCCUGACCAUGCAGAAAAGACCUGUAAAUAUCGGGAAACAAUGUGUAAAUACUGUAAAAGCCAAGUUCCAAUGGUUAUGAUACAGAAACAUGAAGAUGCAGAUUGCCCUUGUGUUAUGGUUACGUGUCCUCACAAAUGCAGUGUCUCAGCACUCCUGAGGAAAGAGUUGAAUGCACAUUUGUCAGAAUGUAUUAAUGCCCCAAGUACCUGUAGUUUUAAGCGUUAUGGCUGCACUUUUCAGGGAACAAAUCAACAAGUUAAAACACAUGAAGCCACCUCAGCAGUACAGCAUGUAGACUUAUUGAAAGAGUGGAGUAAUUGUCUAGAAAAUAAGGUGGCCCUGCUCCAGAACGAAAGUUUGGAAAAAAACAAGAGUAUACAGACUUUACAUAACCAAAUUUGUAGCUUUGAAAUAGAAAUUGAGAGACAGAAGGAAAUGCUACGGAGUAAUGAAUCUAAAAUACAUCACUUACAGCGAGUGAUAGACAGUCAAGCAGAGAAGCUGAAAGAACUGGACAAAGAGAUCCGUCCCUUCCGGCAGAACUGGGAGGAAGCCGACAGCAUGAAGAGUAGUGUUGAGUCCCUCCAGAACAGAGUGACGGAGCUGGAAAGCGUUGAUAAGACUGCAGGGCAAGGAGCUAGAAAUUCAGGUCUUCUAGAAUCACAGUUAUCUAGGCAUGAUCAAAUGCUGAGUGUUCAUGACAUCCGUCUUGCUGACAUGGAUCUCCGAUUCCAAGUUCUGGAAACAGCUAGUUACAAUGGAAUAUUAAUCUGGAAAAUCCGAGAUUAUAAACGUCGGAAGCAAGAGGCUGUCAUGGGGAAGACUUUGUCCUUAUACAGCCAACCUUUUUAUACAGGAUACUUUGGCUAUAAGAUGUGUGCCAGGGUUUAUCUCAAUGGAGAUGGAAUGGGUAAAGGGACGCACUUGUCCUUAUUCUUUGUCAUAAUGCGGGGAGAAUACGAUGCGUUGCUUCCGUGGCCAUUCAAGCAGAAAGUCACCCUUAUGUUGAUGGAUCAGGGACCUUCUCGGCGCCAUUUAGGAGAUGCUUUCAAACCAGACCCCAACAGCAGUAGUUUCAAGAAACCCACUGGAGAAAUGAAUAUUGCUUCUGGCUGUCCAGUCUUUGUUGCACAAACUGUUCUAGAAAAUGGAACAUAUAUUAAAGAUGAUACUAUUUUUAUUAAAGUCAUAGUGGAUACAUCGGACCUACCAGACCCCUGACGUAUAGCAGAGAGGCAGAUUCAACAGAAGACAACUCCAUUUGGGGCUCUUUUUUAUAUCUGUCUUCAAUGAGAGGUCCCUAAAGCUCAGAAGGGACCACCUUGUGUAAAACAGAACGAAGAGUUUGGAGGUAUAACUUACAUAGGGUUCGAUGCCAAACGUAGCAAUCCAUUAAGAAAUCAUACCAUGGUAUAUUUUCUAAACUAGUAGGAACACUUCACGUUCUGACAAGUCACUUAAUCCUCAUGAGGACAAAGAUUACAGUCAGAAAAGCUUUUCGUAAUUUAUUGAUAAUCUAAUCAGUUGGAAGGAAGAAGACAAAGAAAGUAUCCUAUGCUGAAUUAAAACAUCAGACUUUUCUUCCUUUUGAACUAGAAAACAAAAGUAAAAGUUCACAUGUGGGUUAGCUAGAAACUGUCAGCAUGUUAAGUAAAAAAAAGAAGAAAUUAUGAAGUAAUGUUGCAGUUAAAGAUAUUAUUACUUUAAAAAUCUAAGUGCAAUCUUGUCUGAAAUAUAGUAUAUUGUCUAUUUUUAAGGCCUCAUCUGGUCUCUGUUUUAAAAUAAUUACUUUGUCAGAAGACCUCAACAAAAUGUCUAGAUCUUCUUAAAAGUGUCUAAAUCAGAGUCAUAUUUUUGUUUAGAGUUCUAUUAAUUGCUACAGAAAACAUUUUAUUUUAAAACUGUUGAUAGACUGAUAUUUCUUGGAAGAAAAAAAAGAUCAAAUGCAGGUUAUCACUUGUGAUAUGAAAAGAAACUAUUCAACUACUGCUGUUAUUUCUCUUUAGAAAUGUAAACCUACAAUAUAUGUCGUAGUUAAUGACACUAUUUCAAAAUUAAGAAAAAAAUAAUCACUCAUGGAUGCUGUGCAUCAUUAUCAGAUUUAUAAUUUUCACCCUAAAAUAGGGCAUUUGUUGAACUUUGGAGUUCUAAACGGAAUCCUGUAUGUUUUUAAAGUUCUGCCUCAUGCGCUCAGAGCAAGCUCUAUAAAAUAUAUAUGUGUGUGUGUGUGUGUAUAUAUAAAUAUAUAUAUAUAAUCUAUUUUUUGCUAAAGCAUAAAUGUGCAACAUAUUUUUGGUGUUUGAGAGGAAGUGUAGUGUUGAGUAAUACCUAUAUGGGAAACCUGCUUAUUAAUCCUCUACGUAGAAAAUACCACAUCUUACAGAGGAUAAUCUGUUAGGCGAAAGCAGCGUCUUAAUGGGGAAACGGUGGCUUGCAUGCAUUCAUGUGCCUUAGCUGUGAUGUGCUGCUUUAUAGCUCAUAGCUUUGUAUUCAGAUUUUAAUUUCAGAUUCCUGAAAUAGUCAUUUUUAACUGGACUUUAGGCAUAAUGUGCUGACUGGUCUGUACAGCCCACCAAUGUUUUUCAGCAUGCAGAAAUUAGAAGCCGAGACCCUGUGCUUCUGGCGUACCAGAGAUUCCAUCAAUUCAGUGUCAUGGAAUACUACUUAUUCAGGUGCUAUCUUUCUGCGCACAAUGCUCCUAUGGAGCCGGGACUUCUGACAGUGUCCCCUAUUUCCAAGGCAGUAGCAGAACUUCUGCAUGGUGCCAUGCUUUUAGGUAGCAGAGCUAACAUAAUUCCAAAUUGGCUCAAUUCAGAAUUGUGAGGGAAUAUAUUAACCGGUACAUUCAUGAUGGUUGUUUUCUGGCAGACUGACACAUACCCCUGCAGGGAAAUCCACAGGAUUCUCCUAUUUAAACAACUACCUGAGCUUUACUAUAAAAGCAUUUUUUCCAGCCUUUGAAUCAUGCUGAUUGCAACCCACAGAACUUACUGACUUCUGUUUUAAUAGUCCCUUGUGCGACUAGUAAGUCUAAUGGCAUAGCUUGACUGUACACCAACCAUGUGGGUGCUGCUUUAAUUGCAUGGGUGCCGUGUAACACAUGAGUGCUCCCCUAGACUGAGCUGAUGUACAUGUGGGAAAGGAAUUGCGUACCCUGUUCUCUAGCCAGCCAUGUUGUAUCCACUGAACUUUCCACUUGGGUAGGGUGUUAUAGCCAGAGUUCAUGUCUAGGGCUCAGUUGAAUUUCCAUGUCUUUUGAAGUUAAGUUUCUUGCUCUUGCCAUUGUCUUUUAUGGCUGUGCCUUCCCACGCAGUGCCUGCCAGAAGUAUUUUUCUGUUAAUAAAUAUACAGUGCAUGCUGAGUGGUCCUCAUGGGUUUUUUUCAGGCACCUGCUUGAAUACUGCCUGCUUUUGGGCAGCCAAAGCAUUCAGUAGCAACAUGUCUUCCUCUUCUUGCCUUCCAUCGUUCAGGUACUGUAUUUUCUCUUAUGGUACUGAGUUGUCAACUGAUACCAAUUACUGUAAGAAGGCAUGUGUUAGAAUUCUAGCUCUGAUACAAAAGGAAGACUUCCUGCCGACGAUCUGUGUGGUGCAGUUUUAUGCAGGCUGAUGUAAACCCACCACCUUCUGCUUUAGGGAAAAAGAGUUAACUCGGCUUGUGACACUAUUCUAAUAGUCAUGAAUUAUAGGCAGCUGAGCUUUUGUAUAUGCAUUACAGAAUUUUACUGAAAACAGGAUUCCCUAGUGGAAAUGUCCAAAGGGCUCACCUACCCAUUGCUACUACAUCAUGGAAACUUUUACAAAUGUGAUCUUCUACGAACAGUUUGCGUCCUGUUUGAAUAUGAUGCUAUUAGAAGAUAAUUGCGUUAUAAUCAAGGACCUAUGCAGUGCAGCAUACUUUUUAAAGCAAACAUUAUUUUUUUAAAACCCUUGAAAAUGUGAAUAGCCUGUUCUUUGUCCUAGUCUGCAAAUGGCUACUAAGAACUUUGACUUAUAAACUGCCAUCAAUUCUCUGGUGUGUUAAUAGAUUCAGAGAGUUCUGAUAUGAACUUAGGUCAACUGCUUCCCAAAGCUUAAAUCUUUUGGGGCCAUAUCAUAAUUAGGACUAGUGCACUUUAUUAAAACUUACCUGUUACUACAAUUAAACAAGGCCAAACAUCAGA